AUGUGCUCCGGUGGUUGUGCCAAGUGCCUGGGAAUCACCCUCAUUCCUCUGGCGGUGCUAUGUACUCUAGCUAACAUUUUGCUGUUUUUCCCCGGAGGAGAAGUCAUGAGCAAUAAGGAACACAUCACAGAUGAAGUUUGGUACUUUGGAGGGAUGUUGGGAUCCGGUGUAUUGAUGAUCUUUCCUGCCUUGGUAUUUUUGGGCCUUAAGAAUAAUGAUUGUUGUGGAUGCUGUGGUAAUGAAAGCUGUGGAAAGAGGUUUGCGAUGUUUACUUCUAUAAUAUUUGCAGCAGUUGGACUUCUGGGAGCCGGAUACUGCUUUGUUGUGUCAGCAGUUGCUCUAAAUAGAGGCCCUAAGUGUAACAAUGGCAGUAAUUGGAACUAUCCAUUUGAGAAUGGGAAUUAUCUAAGCAAUGACACCAUGUGGGCCUUGUGCAAAUCACCUGAACACAUAAUUCCCUGGAAUUUGACCCUCUUCUCCUUGUUGCUGAUAAUGAGUGGAAUUCAAGUAGUGCUUUGUGCUAUUCAGGUUGUCAAUGGACUCAUUGGAACAAUCUGUGGGGACUGCACCUGUUGUGGAUGCUGUGGGGGAAAUGGAGCUAUUUAA